AUGGAUGCUAUACUGCCACCCCCUGUAGGUGCUGCGUACAAGGGAUGCACAGAGGAUCGUCUUAAGGAGGCGAGGGAUACGGCCGGUGACUCGUACCUGCCGACUGUAUUUAAUCCAGCUACGUUGGUGAGCAAAGGUCCUUUGCGUGUGGCCAAGGAUCGCAUUCCAGGGAGCAAGACCGAGCCUGAACCGGGUUUCGAUAUCUACUAUGAGCUCCACGGCACAGGCCCACGCAAGUUGGCAUUUGUUAUGGGCUUGAACAAUUCGUGCUUUAGCUGGCUAGACCAGGUGGAGACGUUCGGCAGCGAUCCUAACUGUUCCGUGCUCGUUAUGGACAAUCGCGGCUACGGCAAUUCUGGGGCUCCGAUGCAGCGCUAUCGUACCUCGGACAUGGCACAGGAUGUGCUGGAUGUGAUGGAGCAUAUUGGAUGGACCGACAACAAGUCGGUUCAUCUGAUUGGUGUGUCCAUGGGUGGCAUGGUCUCCUUGGAGAUAGCGCGUGCCAAGCCGGAGCGUCUCGCAUCGCUGCUCCUGUUGAGCACGACGGCUGGCGAGGGCGGUAAUCUUCCGCCGACAGGUGGUCUGCAGGCCAUUGCCAAGAGUGUCGGAGAAGCCAUGGCUGGUCGUGUUGAUAUGUCGUCGCGUGUCAACCGCAUGGUCGACGUCCUCUUCCCUCCCUCGUGGCUCGAGGAAAAACACCCGACCGAUGCCCAAGGACGCACCAAAGGCGAAGUCACCCGCGAAGUCUUCUUGUGGCGCGCCAACUUUAUUCGCAGACCUACUGGGCAUGGUCCCUUGUAUCAGAUUGGCGCUUGCCUUACGCAUCGCGUGUCUGAUGCUGAUCUUCGUACAAUUGCUGACAAGGUGCCCAAAGUCGCGAUUCAUACUGGCGAUUGGGACCAACUCGUUCGCACAUCCCAUUCUGAACAUUUGCACAACAUCAUGCCCAAGGCUGAAUACCGUGUAUGGCCCGAGACCGGUCAUGCCAUUCAUUACCAACACCCAGACGCCUUCAACGCUUAUGUGCGCUCAUGGAUCGGCUUGGCCUAA